CAAAAGCCUUUGUCCUUGCAUGCAUCUGUGUGGCUUCCAUGACCUGCGAAGAUUCAUGGAAUUGAGUUAACGACCAUUUACCAAAUAAAUCAUUGUUCAAGAUGGCCAGGACUCCUGCUGCUAGUAGAAAUGAGUUUGAAGCCGGCCCAUGGCGGUUCCUGGUUGUUAAGAACCACAUAUUGAGGUCAAGCUGUGAGAGAGGUAGAGAAAAUGGCUGUGAUUCUGAUAAUGGAGAUCUCUGCACUGUGUGUAGGUAUGGCCAUGAGCUGAAUCUCCCCUCGCUUCCAGAGAUGGUAUUCCCAGAGAGUCGGCUAGAGUUAGAGCACGAGUGUGGUUGUGUGCUCAGCUUCAUCACCCUGGAUGCCCUCAAGCUCAUCAACUCUACAGAGGAGCCACUCAAAGUGGCAGCUGCUGAAGACUGGGUCAAAACAAGAGGUACCGGUCUGCAGGAGGUUGGAGUAGUGGUGAAACCGUUUGAUUGGACCUACACCACCGACUACAAAGGAACCCUCUCUAGCAAAGGAACCACUAACUUGGAGGUGACUGACACCAGUGAUCGUAUAGACUUUGAGCAGCUUAAACAGCAAGAGCAGAUAUUCUUCUACGAUGAGGUGAUCUUGUACGAAGAUGAGCUGGCAGACAAUGGGACAGCUGUGUUCAGUGUGAAGAUUAGGGUGAUGGCGAGUGGUUUUUUUAUUCUGUCACGCUUCUUCUUACGAGUGGACGGUGUGUUAGUGAGGAUGAAUGAGAGUCGCUUCUACCACCAGGCUGGCACCGACCAUAUCCUCCGUGAAUACACGAGUAAGGAAGCAAAGAUAGCAGAUCUGAAGGUCCACCCCUCACUACUCACUGACCCCAACAAACUGGGAAGCGUUCUACCCACCAAGGAACUCACUAUUCACAAAAUCACUAUUCCUAAACAGACUACAAGUUUAACUACAUAAUUUUGUGGACUAUAAGUAAAAUAUUUAUACGGGUAUAAAUUAUAUUCAUGAUAGAAA